UGAGACUGAACAAAUUCCGUACUCCCGCUGUCUCUUACGUCUAUGGCGUUUCACGUCCAUACAUCAACACCAAGGUUCCACUUCGUAUACGCGGCUGCGCUUCUUGUGGUGAUGAGUGCUUUGCUCGUAGCUGCUGAUCAAUACGUCAAGGUCUCUAAUGACUCAACUGGAUUUGUUUUUGACAAUGAGGAUUUCUACUUCAAAGGCAUUAAUUUCUGGGAAUCCGUUUGGCUGGCAAUGCCGGAAGAGUCAGGAGGAAACAGAACCAGGCUGCAUUGCGAGCUCGAUACGUUAGCCAGCAUGGGAUUGAAUGGCAUAAGGAUCCUCGGCUCCAGUUUGGGACCAAACUCUGAGCCGUAUCGGUGGAAACCGGCUCUUUUCCCAGAGCCAUCCAAGCAGGACGAAUCAGUGUUCAAAGGACUCGACUACCUUCUUCAUUCCUUGAAGAAGCGGAAUAUGAAAGCUAUUGUCUCUCUCAGUGACUUUUGGCACGACUCUGGAGGAUUCGGUCAGUACGUUUUCUGGGCGGAUCCAUCGCAGGUUGGUCAACUUCCCCCAUGCCACUGUUUCCUAUCCCCCGACCAACGCCUCCCUCGUCUCCUCCAGCCGUCCUCAGUUUCCCUUCAAUCACCGAGGGUGACUCACUUCCCUCCGGAUACAUAAUCCAGGAAAUCCCGUAUCCUCCGUCUUUUCCUGACUUCACUGGAAGCUGGCCAGCAUUUAUCAAAUAUGCUUCUCGACUGUACUGUGACAAAAGCAUCAUGAAGACAGCUCAAGCGAUGCUAGAAAAGCACAUCAAGACCAUCAUUCAGAGGGUGAAUCACAUCAACGGUAUUGUUUAUGGCGAAGAUAACACGAUUUUCUCAUGGGAGAUCACGAACGAGCCUCAAGACCCACCUCGCUGGUGGAUUGACAGGAUGGGUUACUUUUCUUUCCGUUUUUGAAGGCUCGAUCGUAUCCUCACCUUUUUUUCUGUAACAGGACACUACAUCAAGUCCCUGGAUCAAAAUCAUCUGCUCACUAGCGGCCUGGAAGGGAAAGGCAACGACAGUGGCAAACUGUUCAUCCGUACACAUUCCAGUCCAUACCUGGAUUUUGCAACCGUGCAUCUUUGGCCAAGGACUACGCAACUGAGUUUCUGGAAAGGCACGCUGGCUACAUGCACCAGCUAAAAAUGCCACUCAUCCUCGAGGAGUUUGGACUUGCAAGAGACGGAUGGGAGAAACAGGAGUGGACAACACCAAGCUCCUCAAACAGAUACAGUCCAGAAGCAGCAACAACAUUCAGAGAUGACUACUUCAACCACAUCUAUGCUGUUGUUCAUGCAACAGCGAGGAAUUCAUUCGCGGGGAUUGCACCAUGGGCUUGGUCAGGCCAAGGUCGUCCCUCAGACACUGGACCACAGCAACUUGGGGAUCCUCCACAUGAAACACCUGGAUGGUACUCAAUAUAUGACCAGGAUGCUGGCACGAUCAACAUUAUCUCCAACUAUUCGAAAGGAUAGUUUCUGUGGCCUGAGAAAAGCCCUUGGGAUCUUUUCAGAGACUAAGUCCCACUUGUACAAGAUGCUUGAGUAGUGCAGCGGAAGUGUUGAGCAGUUGAACCCUUGCACUAGUACCGUAUUCCCCCGGAUAAAACACUCAUGGGUGGCACUAAAUUGUGAUGAAAAUUUUAGUGGGGGUGUAAUUAGUGGCACUUUUUGUAU